AUGACUAUGCCGAGGGUUUAUACAGAAAUUGAUGGUGGGUUUAACAAUGAUGAUGGCAUGCCCCGGAGAAUUGAGAGAUUUAGAUCGGAUUCUUCCUCCUUAGGUCGGGUUUGGGUUAGUCGGAGUUGGAGCUUGUCGGGUUCUGGUUCGUCGGUGGUUAGCAGGUAUAUAUUGAGGAGGAAUAGUAACAGAUUUGGUGAUGGGCUCGGACAAACAUUGCUUCUCUCGUUUGCUCGAGUUGCUGAUAAAUGUUUGGGCAUAGAAGAAUGGUGUACGUGGACCCAAAUGCAGGAACAACAUGAGUUGAGAAGACGGAGAGGUCAAAUGCAGGUUAAGUGGUUUCAAUAUAGCACUCCAAAGAGCAUGGACGAGGACGUGGCUGAGGAGGCUGAUUCCGACCACCCAAAAAGGCUGUGGUUGUGGUCGUCAACGGGUGAAUUUUUGUGGCAAGGGUAUGUAUGA